CAACUUGCUACCUUGCCAAAGAAGCAAUUACGAAAGAUGGCGACCAUCCAAUUUGUGGCAGCGCAUCCUGCGAUAUUUGGAGAGGUAACCUUGAGCUAGAGCGCCUGCCCGUGUGUUUGAAAGUACUCAGGUAUUUUCCUGAGAAAGACGAUCGCGACUCAUCCUUCAAGGUGAAUAUAGAUAUGAGAAUAUUGACCGACUUUGAUCUGGUGUCUAUCACAGAACUAUCUUAAAGAAGUUAUGGUGUGGAGGCAGUUGCGCCAUCCGUAUAUUUUGCCGCUCUUAGGUGUCAACGAGGACCUUUUCGCACCCAGAUUUUGCCUGAUCUCCCCUUGGAUGCGUCAAGGUAACAUUAUCGAGUAUCUGCAUAAAAAUCCUCAGGACUCACACAAACGACCGAAAUUUGUCGUCGAGAUUGCAGAUGCGAUACAGUGGCUUCAUGGUCUUCAACCGCCGGUGGUUCAUGCAGACAUAAAAGGGGCCAACAUUUUAAUCAGCAAUGACAUACAAUGCUAUCUGGCUGAUUUUGGACUCUCCUUUGUCGUUGAGACCCACAAUCCCCGAAGUUCUUCCUCGCUGAAGCGAGGAACGGUGCAUUGGCUGGCUCCAGAAUACCUGGAUACUUCCUUACGCACUGAGGCGUACAUUACUUCUCGAGAUAUGUAUGCCUUUGGAUGCACCAUCGUUGAAAUCUAUACCGGAAAACCUCCCUUUUCUUAUCUCCUGCUUGAUUCGGCCGUCAUAUAUGAGGUCUUAGUGAAGCGGAAUGAACCGCCCCGUCCUGGAACUGAUAUUUUUCCCUCUGAUGAUUUGUGGUCCUUAGUACUCAGGUGUCUUUCAUACAAUCCCGCGGAUCGUCCUGGGGCAGUCGUUCUAUUCGAGGCUUUGAAAUCAAUGCUGUAACUAGUGACCUUGCUAGCACAGAGCAGGACCACCUUGACUUGUCGCAGAGAGCCAAUGCUUCUAUUCUAUGUCUUUCCUGAGUAUUGUAAUAGAUCUUUGAACAUGCUUGUAUAAAAUCAUGGAGACCUGACUAAUAUGUCAACCACGACUACUCCUUCGUUC